AUGAAUUGGUUCGGAAAGCCAAUCUCAAAGGAAUUCUUGGCGCAUGCGAUACAGAAUCCACUGUAUCCCUCAAACACCCCUGAAUACCUCGAUAAAGCGAUCAAGUCCUUGAUCAAACGGUUGAGACAGUCGAAAGACCCAGAUGCGCUUCAAAAUCUAAGAGUGACGCUCUUGGAGAGAAAUAAGGACACGCCUUGCGUUCGAAUCCCGAGAUCGCUUGAUGGAAGGCUUCAAGUUCAACACCGAAAGACGCUCCCUCAUCUGCUUUAUGUUCAAAUUUGGCGAUUUCCAGAAGUCACGACUCAGCAUGAGCUCACUUCUGUCAGCAAUUGCAAGUUCGCCUACAUCAAACGCCUCGAAGAAGUCUGCGUCAACCCUUUUCACUACGAAAAGGUCGAAAAAUUCGACUCCAUCGCUCCAGUCCUCGUCCCUCGCUAUCCCGCAGAAAACCUCAGCAUCAACCCGCCCCAGCAACAGAUUCAACAACAGCAGCAGCAUCAAGACCGUGGUGAUUAUAAUACACAGUUAAAUCAACUUGCUCAGACAUUGAGCGCGUGCCCGAAAGAAAAUAUCGCAUACGAAGAGAGAGAAAACUGCUACUACGAAUUGAGUCAGCGGCUUGGAAAACAGUUUGAAAUCACAGUUCCGCAUCUUACCAUAGAUGGCUUCACCAAUCCGUCUGAAGCCGAUCGAAUUUGCCUUGGCAAUAUUUCGAACCCAACUCGGGAUGCUCAGACAAAAAUGACCAGAACGAAUAUUGGCCGAGGCCUCCAACUGUCAUAUCAAUUCGGAGAAGUGACCAUUCAAAAUGUCUCGGAAGCCUCUAUCUUUGUCCAGAGCCCAAAUAUGAACCAUUUCUUUGGAGCACAUCCACUUACUGUUGUUAAAAUAACGGCUGGACAAAGUGCGACGAUUUUCAACAAUCAAUCGUUUGCGGCGAUUCUUUCCGAUUCUGUCAAUCAUGGAUUUGAGGCUGUUUACAAUUUGACUAAAAUGUGCACGAUGAGAAUAAGCUUUGUAAAAGGAUGGGGAAGCGACUAUCGAAGACAGCACGUGACCAGUGUUCCAUGUUGGAUUGAGCUGCAUCUCAACGGACCAUUACAGUGGCUCGAUAGAGUGCUCCAACAAAUGGGAAGCGCCACAAGAAAGUGCACAUCUAUUUCUUGA